ACUUCCAAACUCGCGCAACGUUCCCUUCAUCCCCUCUACCUUUGUUGUGCGAUAUUUACAAUAUUUUUCUCUGAACAUGUGAUUUAUAAAUGAUUUAAAAUAUAAUCGCGGCGCUGAAUCGUAUGUGUAUCUGCCGAAGAUUCGUUUUUUAAAAUCUCGCCAGGUUCUCAAUGGAAGCCCGCUAACGAUAGCGCGCUAGCUAACGUUACAGAAGCUAACUUUAGCUAGCAGCUAGCUGUGUAUGUUCGUGUUGUUGUUUUGAUUCAAGAACAAAUCCAGAGAAAAAAAGCUUCAGCUCCUUCAACGAAAUGACGUCAGCAUCUGCUAAGGUCGGGGAGAUUUUCUCAGCAGCUGGAGCCGCCUUCACCAAACUGGGAGAGUUGACCAUGCAGCUGCAUCCGGUGUCCGACUCCAGCCCUGCAGGAGCCAAAUGGACAGAGACAGAGAUCGAGAUGCUUCGAUUGGCCGUCCGUCGAUUCGGAGACGACCUGAACAACAUCAGCACUGUGAUCAAAGAGCGAACUGUAGCUCAGAUAAAGAGCACGGUGAAGAGGAAGUUGUACGAGGACAGCAGAGUCCCCAUUUCCUCUGAGUCCCCGAAGAAGACCGUCAAGAAAUCUGCUGCCGCCAUGACGCCGGCGCCCACUCCCUCCGCCCCCGCCAUGAUCGCCGUGCCGACCUCGCAGGUUGUCGUGGCAACGGGUAUGCAGAGCAGCCCCUCGCUGGCCCCGCCCAUCAAGAAGCAGAAGACGGCAGACGUGACCCUCAGCGCUCUGAACGACUCGGAUGUGAACAGUGACCUGGUCGACAUCGAAGGACUCGGCGACAGCUCGUCCAGCAAGAAGCUCAACUUUGACCAAGAGAGCCUCAACCUGGACUCAAGCCUCAUCAUGAACUCCAGUGACCUCCCCCUCCUCUCCCGCUGACCUUUGACCUCCCAGAGGAAAGAGAGGGAGCAGCAGGAAUCAUCACGUCGACCGGCCAUCUUUUAUUUUUUUACUCAGUCCCUCCUGUUUCUCUCUUCACCUGAAGUUCAUCCGUCAAUCAUCACGACGCUCCCUCGACUCUCUGCAGCCACGUUUUCAUUCGAAGUCCGAGGUAGAAAAAAGAAAAACGUGUCGAGUUUCUGGAUCCAGAGAAGUUUAUUUAUUUUAUUUUUUAAAGAGAACAGGUGACUCUUCGUCCUCGUGUAGAAAUAUCGACUAAUGAACUUCAGGUUUUUUUUUCUUUUUCUUUUUAGAAAAACAGAUUGUUCCCAUCAGUGAGUUUUAGUUUCUGCUUCUGUUCAGUUUUAGAAUCAGACAAAAAAAGUCAAAGAAACAGAUUUGUUUUUUACAUCAUGAAGAACAAAGAGUGAAACCUGUCGAGACGCUUUAACAGAGAAACAAACGAGUGCAGCCUCUCGUUAGUGUCAUUACAUACAUACAACAUCUCUUCAAAAUAAACACAAAGAUGUUGGAAAAAACAAACAUGUUCUGAAGGUUUUUUCAAAACAUUCAAAGAUUCUUCGAACCAUCAGGAUUUAACUGAUAAUAACCUUUAAAUUUGCAUCACAUUGUACAAAUUGAGAAAGAAGAUAAGUCACUGUCAUUUGAAGCAAGUUAAACAAAAUAUUUUUCAUCCAGCUAAGUAGAAAAAUUCUGCGGAUUUUGAAAACACCUUCAGGACAACGGUACAUAUUGUUACACAGGAACAGGUGUGGGUCUAAACCAACUCUGAACUACAUCUAUACAUCACCUGAACUGAACUCCACACGAUUAAACUGAGGAAACGAAAUGAGUUUCCUGAACAGGCUAAUAACCAACAUGAGGAGAUUCCCCUUGAGCCUCAGCAGGACUUUUACUUUGAAAGAUGUUAUUCUGACUUCUCUCCUCUGUCUGUGGCUCUGAGCUCUGAUUGGUUCCUGUUGAAGACGUUAAUCUUUAACACCUCACAGAUAAUAGUUUCAUUCAUAACGAGGCUGUAAUUAAUAAAAACAUAUUAUUAAUAGAUCAGGUUCCAGAUUCACACACAAUCACUUUUGUAUGAAACAGGAUUUGUUGACAAAAUGUUGUUAAUCAUGAUGUGAGUAUUUUGACUUUGACCUUUUAUCAAUCAGUGGCUGUGAGUGAUGUAAAAACAUUGUUUUAAUUAUGUUAAGUAAAACAUUUAAAAAGUGAA